AUGUAUUUCAAGCUGCCCGGAUCAAGUGAGGAUGAGGUUGAGGGUCAGGACAAUGAGAACGAGAGUGAACAUGAACUUGCUGAUGACGAUGGUGAUAAGAAGGAAGCUACAGGGAACAACGGAUCCGAUCAUGCUGCUGCUACUGCUACUGAUCAGGAACAACGGGGACUAGGUGCAGAAUUGCAAGCGGACCCCGAUAAUGAGCAUUCUCAAAAGAUAGAAGAAGCCAGUAUGAACAGCAGCGAAGAGAGGCACCGCAUGUACAAUCAGCUCGAAAACGACGAUGCCGCUUUGCGAUUACAGCCACAUUCCCCUGUUGUGUAA